AUGGACAAAAACAGGGACGUUCUGCAAGACAGAACGGCAGUGAGGACAGAUGAUUCUGUAUCUCCUGUAAAAAAGGGAACUCCAAUCCUAAAAUACUGCAUUAUGGAGAAGGCUGGCUCAAAAAAACGAAAAAGACCCGAAAAAUCGGUAAUUGAAGAAGCAGUCAGUGAAGUUUUGGAGAAAGGUCAGUCCAUAAACAGAACUGCACUUGCCUUAAACAUAUCGAGGGCUUACUUAGCUAAAAUCGUUAAAAAAGUAAAGACGUCUGGCGAUUCAUCAUAUGAACACUGUCCCAAUAUAGGCGUAUUUUCACAACAGAACAGGAGAAUAUGCUUGCAGAUUAUUUAA